UGUCGUCCUUUAGGAGCCGUCAGUGAUGCUAGGGACAUCAUACAGCUGUUUCGUCUUUCUAGGACUCGUCAGUGAUGAUAGGGACAUCAUGCAGCUGUUUUGCCCUUUUUAGACUGUUCAAUGGUGCUAAGGACAUCGUACGGCUGUUUCGUCCUCUUAUGACUCGUCAGUUAUGCUAGAUAUUUCAUACAGCUGUUUUGCUCUUCUAAGACUGUUCAGCGAUGCUAGGGACACCAAACAGUUGUUUUGCCCGUCUACGACUGUUCAGUGAUGCUAGAGACAUCAUACAACUGACAUCAUACAGCUGUUUCAUCCAUCUAAAUGGAAAUGGAAACCUAUGCCUCUCUGAACAAUGGACAUCGAAUUCCCCUUGUAGCCCUAGGAACAUCGCGGAUUCCAGAAGAAAAAACGGAAGCAUGUAUAAAGCUGGCACUAGAAAUGAGUUAUCGCCACAUUGAUACUGCAUUUCACUAUGGAAACGAGGUCGCCAUAGGAAAAUCGCUUAAAGAGUAUUUAGAAAGCACUGGUGUGAAGCGAGAGGAUGUCUUCAUAACCACUAAACUGGAUGCUAUGUUCAUGGAAGAAGAUACUGUAGUACCAGCAAUAGACGAAAGCUUGAGGAGGUUGAACCUGGAGUAUGUCGAUCUCUUCCUUAUACACGGCCCAUGUGCGAUGAAGACUCUGGAUUAUUUUCCUGAAAAAGCCCCGCUGACCACGGAGUAUAUGCCGAUUGAUCUGAGAGAAACUUGGAAGGGAAUGGAAGAAACUGUAUAUAAAGGAAAGGCUAGAUCAAUUGGCGUGUCGAACUUCAAUUCCAAACAGUUGGAAUACAUUUGUGAGACAGCACGUAUUCGACCAGCCGUCAAUCAGGUUGAAGUUCACGCUAGAUUUCCGCAGAAGAAACUCCAUGACUUUUGUAAAUCUAAGAAUAUUCAACUUGAAGCAUAUAGUCCUUUAGGUUCACCGUAUUUCAAAGGACCGGAUGCACUCAACCGCGUGAAAGCCUCUGAUAAUUUGGUGGAUCAUCCUGUUAUCGUCAGCAUCGCCGAGAAGUACAAUCGUACUGCAGGACAAGUUCUUCUACGGAACCUUGUCCAAAGAGGUAUAGUUGUGACCCCAAAGUCUGAAAAUCCGAAGAGGUUGAAAGAAAAUAUUGAGAUUUUCUCAUUCUCUCUGGACGAGGAAGAUAUGAAAAAGAUAGAUGGACUAGACAAUGGAAUUCGUCGCUUCUGUCUGUCAUACUACGACGGACACCCUGACCAUCCUUUUGAACAAUUGUGAAAUCAGAUGAGUCUUUUCAAAAGUGAUAAUUCUUAAAGGAUUUCAAUGUUCAUUAGGUUGAAUAUGUAAUUGAUUGUGUUUGUGUCCCCCACACAAUUCAUUGGCGGAAAUUAAUGUUUUUCAUUCGAA